UUGAAGGACGUACAUUGAUAAUGCAUCAGCUAAACUUAAAGAGCUGGAGAAAAACAACAAUGACGCCAUUACAGAAGACUGUUCAGUCUACAUGCUUUCUGAAGAAAAAAACUUCAUCAUCACUAAUGAGCUGAGAUCGUUAUACGACUACGGCCUCGGUGUUGUUUUUGAGGUGAAAAAGAAGCCCAAGUUUUGCAUUGAUGCUUUGAUAUGUUUCGUACUCGGGGUGGUGCAGGUUCUCGCUGGGAUUCUUAUUUGUGCGCUGACACUUGGAACAGCCAGCCAGUUUGGAAUGGGCCUGAUUUCAGAAGGAGUGUCUGACAUGAUCAGUGGAAUAGAGGGGAUGAUAAAGGGCACAUCUGAUUGGGUGUCAUGGGCAAUAUCUAAGAGUAUCAGCAUUGGCCUUGCUUUGCUAACGGCUGGUUUUAGCGUUAUCAAGAAAGCAGUUACUGCAGUGUUUAAAGUGACAAAAAGUAUCCUCAAUGGUACAAAGUCUUUCUCUUCUGUUGCUUCUGAAGUCAUCAAGUCAGGAAAGGCAAUGUUUACUUCAUUCAAAGGAAGUGUUAAGUCUGGUUUAUCGUCCCUCGGUAAAGAAUCUUUUAAGUCUGCAAUGAAAAACAUGACAUCUUCAACAGUGGUCAAACAGAACUUCAAACUUGCGACUAAAUUUGCAGUUAAGGAAAUCGGGAAAAAGACUGUGCUCACUCUCAUGAACUUUGCAAUCGAUGAAACACUUAAGGAAGUCUUUAAGAAGAUUUUACAAAGCAGUUUUGAGAAUGCUGUUACUUUAUCAGUGAAGCAGAGCAUUGAACUGGAUCAGGCUCUUGUCGAAUUCAUCAGCUCAGGCAUUCCAAAAGCUGCCUUGAAAAAAGAGAAUUUCAAGAUUGACCAAAAAUAUGAGAAGCAAAUAAAAAAAUCAGUUGGUAUGCUCUGCGAAGAGAUAAUUCCUCGCCUCAUACUGGACUGUUCCACAGCACGGGACGUUAUCAGCAAACUCUCUGAGGUGUGUGAAGCAGCAACAGAGCUCAUGAAUAAAGCAAAACUGCCAGGUGUGAUUGAAACAGCAAAGCUGGUUCUGAAAGUAGCUGAGUACUCAACAACUCUCUGUCAAAUAUUGGGAGCUGUACCAACAAAGGAGAUUAUAGACCAGAAAUUUGUUCCUGAAUUACUGGAGAGCAUCAGUGAGCUUGAGAAAGACAUGACAAAGUAUGACCAAGAUGGACGUCACAAUUUACAUGAUGUACAACGCCUUAAAGGAGAACUUCUACAAAAUAUUGCACAGAAAGUUUCUGAGCUAUUCAUCAGUUCGUGUUCUACACACAUGACUUCGUUAAUGACCAGCACAUUUAAGAGACAGUUGAACAGUGCUGCAGGACAGGCGGUAGACAAGGUCAUGCACAGACAUAAGACUCAGCGUUUCUUUGAUGACCAGAGAGGAAAACACAACAAGAAAUCUGCGAGCCACAAGGAAGUGGAAAAUCUGUCAGAUGAGGACAGAACAAAACUAAUGCAGUAUACAGAAGAUAUGUGCAAAACUGAUCAGCCUGUUAAAGCUCUUGAUGUGUACGUGCUCACAAAAAGUAACCUGCUCGAUGGAAAAGGAAUUAAACUCACUGUCAUUGAUGAAAAUGGGAAACAGCUCACUGAGGAACUUUACCCAGGAACCAGCAAAUCAGCAGGCGAUAUAAAACUGAGAUUAACCCAAUCUGCAAAAAACCCACAUACAUCACAAGCUGAUGCACAGCUGUACAGCGGCCAUUUUGACAUUGUGCAGGAUGAUGGCAAGAUAAUCAGCGUUAACUCGGAUCAUCAGAAUGCUCUUUAUCAUGCUGUAGCACAAGCAACUGGCAGUAAGAUGGAGGAAGCAUUGGUGCUACGUAAGAAAGUGAAAAAUGAGAUCCAGACAAACCUUGAAUCGUACAAACCCCUUCUCAAGAGAGAAUACGACUUCAGUCGCAAAAAACCCAGGACAUACAACAUAACUGGAGGGAUUAUAAAGGAGACAGACGUUGCUCUGCAGAAAUACUUACAGAGUGUUAAAUUCAUCAGAAGUGACGAACGUAUCCUCAUCAAAAUGUACCAUCUUGGAUUAGUUGCUGAAUAUAACAGUGUUCAAAGUGCCCGAAGGUCCAGUAAGAACAACACUGGGACACUCAACACGAGCCAUAUUCCACCCAAGGGCUCCAUCAGACUAGCUCUGACGUUCAUAUAAAACCCAAACUCAGUGAGCGAGUUUAAAAAUAAAAACCCUGAGCUUCAUAAACUGAUCAGCAGCAUAAAGACUGACAAUAAUGGACAGAACAUGAUUGCCAUGGAGGUUCUGGGACAAGAUCACAGACGAGCUUUAACUACAGGCCCAAGCAGCCGCUCACAGAUGGCCAGGAAACUUCUAGCAGACACAAUGAUUAGUGGAGACGUGGAGCUUUUGCUGAAACGCUGCAUGACUCUUCAUCACCCGUUUACCUCUCAAAAGCUCAGAGAGGCUCUAGGUGACAGCGUUCAGUCUCAGAGCUGUGUUUUGUCGGAUGAAGGCAUCCGAGGCUACUAUAAAGCAGGAUACCGAAACCUGGUGUCGGAGUACAGCCGCGUGGGAAUCCUGGAUCAGACGCAGCGCGAGCGUCUGGAUGAGUGGGUGAAUCAGGACCGACACGAGGACACCAACACUGAGGAGUACGGACAACUUCUGCAGGGAUUGCAGGGAAAAUGAAGAUG